AGCAACUCGGACGUUAGAGACUCAGAUAUGGUGCGUGGUGGCGGUGAUAGUGACGAUGCUUAUGGUGGAGGUGGUGGGGCUGAACGGGGACCAUGUCUGCAUGGUGCAGCAAAAAUACAACAUCACGAAGCGGGUGAAGUACCGCGCGCCGAUGUCCGUGCGCACAUACGAGUGGUGUUUCUCCAUGCCGCCACGAUGCUCCAAAUGGAGCACAGAAAUGCGGGAUCUUACUAGACUAGAGACUGAGGAGCGAACAGCGGAGGUGGCGGUGUGCUGCCCCGGUUACAAGAUGAGGGAUGUAUCCUGUGUGCCGGUGUGUCCGCCGGGGAGGACCGGAAACGGAUGCUCUGAGGACUGUCCAAAAAGCAAAUGGGGUCCAAAUUGCGUGAAUGAAUGCAAAACAUGUACAGAGCAUGGCACCUGUUCGGCAGUGACAGGAGAAUGUCGGUGCCAGGAUGGAUGGCAAGGUGAGAGAUGUGAAGUAAGACUUAGCUCUCCUGCAACGAUAGAAGAACUUUCAGUUACCAAACCAGUUACCAUACCUACCUCAAGAGCUGAUGAAAGAACUACUAUGACUAGUACUACUGGGACUACCACUACAACAACACCAAUUACUACAACAGUGAGAAUUCCAAUCACUGCAGCUCCAACGAAAACAACGUUACCUACAACUCCUAAACCUACUACAACAACAACUACUACUAUUCCUACUACUACAACUAUGAGACCUAUUGCAACUACUUUAUUGACUAGCGCUGCAACAUCUACAGUAGAAACCACCAUACAGUCGUCUAAGAUUGCUACCGUAGAAUCUAAAAUACCAAAUCAAGAACCAACUACAACUAAAUAUACAAAUUGGAAUAACGUGACUUUGACUACACCCUGGAUUUUAUCUACUAACAAAUCUAUAGCUCCAACGAAGAUGUCGUUUACCACGGUUAGUCCAAUUUUCAUUAAACCAAGUUUUGCUACAAAGAGUAUUGAAACUACUACAGCUUCUACUAAAGGAACGACUGUUAGAAAAUCAUUGCCAACAACCGAGUUUUUAGAAUUACCAUCACAAUCAACUAAAACAUUUGAAAUGUCAACAAUGACUUUGAGAACUGCUAAACCGAACUUAAUAACGGAGCCAACAAUUAAAGAAGCUACAAGAAGACCAGAAACAACUAUCAAAAUGUAUCCGACAACAAUCAAGUUUAAACCAAAAGAAAUUUGGAUAAGACCAGCACAAAAAGGUGAAUUACUAGUUGAAACGAAAAUCAAACCAAUUUCGGAACCUCCAAAACAUAAAAAUGUAACGAAAAAGGAGACUACGAUAAAUACUACACCGAGAACUAUAAUGGUUUCAAUAAUACCAACGUCUUUGUCUUACGCUACGUUCAAAAAGAUAGCUCUGACUACUGCAUCAUACUUUACAUAUAAAAACGUAACUGGGAAAUCAACAGAAAUGUUUACAAGGUCGAUGUCAUCAACACCCGCACCUGUCAGACCAUCCAGCACAUCGACACCCUUUCAAAAUACCACUAAAUCACACUUUACAGAAGACUCAAAGAAUGCCACUAACAGCAUGCGCACGUCCGCUAAACCUUUAACUAUCUCUUCAACUAAUACAAAAUUAAGACGGAUCAAUAGAACUUCUACUAAAACUUUGGAAACAGUGACAGAGAUUAUAGUUAAAAGAAACAAUACUGUAUUUCAAGCUAAAGAUAACGUUACUAAAAUAACAGCAACAGCAAAACCUGAUGAAGAGUUUCAUAUUUUGACAGAACCGGAGCAUAUAACAGCUGUAAUGGACAAACCUGAUCGAUCAUCAGUAGACUUGAUAUCGGUGAUCAGCAUAGCUGGAGGGGUGAUGAUGACUGUGAUCACCGUGGCUGUGGUGAUCGUGAUGUUGGACAGGUGCAAGCGGCCGAGGUAUGAGGAUAAGAUGAACAGCAUCAAGAUGCAAGUGAUGAUUGAUAAUAAUGACGGGCCGCCGCCGUAUGUGAGGAAUAUCUUUAAUACGCCGUUACCUGAACCACCAAGAACAGAAAAAUGCCAUUACCAGCCAAUAUCAACUUUGGACAGGAACUUGAAACAAUUUAUGAGGCCAGUGGUUGUUCAAACAAUUUCUCCUAUGAUGUUGGAAAACUUUAGAGGAAUUUUAGAAUGCCAUUACGACCACUUGCCAAGAAGAAGCGUGGAAUAUCCAACAUUACAGGCGCGUUGUUCUGUGGCGCCAUCUCUGAGCGGUUGUGACGAACUACGUCAACAGCGACCCGACUCGCUAGCUGAGUCCGCUAUAGAAGCGCUCAAAUGUGAAGCUAAGUUAGAUGUAAUUGAUAACACCACAUCUGAACCUCUGUAUGCUGAAAUACCAUGUUGGAGACCACCUUCAGAACACGCAAUUGAGGUCGUCAAUUUGAACGGCGAAGCUGUGACAGAAUUAUGACUUAAGAGUUACCAAGCAUAGAAGCUAGUUUCACUACUGGCCGAUAGAUGGUGCAAAACAUAAAAUUUAAGCAUCCCAAAGAUUUUAUUUAAGACGGUUUUUGAAAUAAUUAAUUAAUUUGUAUGUGGUUGUUUUGUGAAAAGUAAAUGCG